GAAGAAGAAGAAGAGACUCGUCACUUCCGGGUUUUUGCGUCUGACGUGUCUAAAACAGUUUUGCUCUGGUGGCGGAUUUGACCCGUGGGGGAUUUAACAUCGAUUCGACUAAUAUUCGAUCCGCGGUGUCAAGAUGCUAGAUUUCUUCACCAUCUUCAGCAAAGGAGGGAUCGUGUUGUGGUGUUUUCAGGGAGCCGGGGUCAGCGAAUCCUUCGCCGGGCCUGUCAACGCCUUGAUCCGCUCCGUAAUCCUUCAGGAGCGAAGUGGGAACAAUUCAUAUACUCACGAGGCCCUGAGUCUGAAAUACAAGCUCGACAAUGAGUUUGAGUUGAUUUUUGUGGUGGGUUUUCAAAAGAUCCUGACGCUGACGUACGUGGACAAGUUCAUAGAUGACGUUCAGCUCCAUUUCAGGGAUCGUUAUAAGAAUGAGCUGGAGCAAAAGGGGGCGUUGAAGCUAAUCAACAACAGCUUUGAAUUUGGGGAUGACUUCAAGAUACUGCUCAGGGAGGCGGAGGACAGCAGCAAAGCUCGGGGUCCUGCCGCCAUGCGGACCUUUAAGGAGUCCGAGAAAUCCCAAAAAACGGUGAAGUCGAUGAUUGAGACCAAAGGUGGGGAAAAGGUCAAGGAGCCAGUUGGCAAGAAGAAUAAAAAUACCAAAAAGGAGGCUCCUGCAGCUGAGCCCGUCAAAGUGGAUCAAGGAAAGGCCUCCUCCACUGGGCACAAGGUGGUUGAGAACGGCACCCAGGGCUCUACGGACAUACAGAAGAAGCGAGAGGAAUUCUUUCGCAAGCACACGGCGGUACCGACUGAAAAAGUCACCAGUAAGUCCCCGAAGCCUCAGAAGCCUAGGGGGAAGCAAAUGCGUGUUUGGGACAUAGGCGGCAGAGACACCAAGGAGCUGGACCACAGCAAAAGGAAUGGAGAUGAUUCCCUAAAUGGUAGCAACCAGAACUAUGAAGCACAAACGGACCCGGGGAUGCAGCUAAGCUCCAUGAAGGGUGACUUGCAGUCUGUGGACUACGAGUCCAGUGAGGAAGAGGAGAUGGAGGAGGAGGAGGAGGAGGAGGAGGAGGAGGAGGAGAGAGUGGUUGUCAGUAAGACAAGCAAGACAAGCUCCAAAAAAGGUGGCGCUUUUGGGGGCAUGUUUGGGAUGCUGAAGGGCCUGGUGGGCUCCAAGAGCCUGAGCCGGGAUGACAUGGAGUCAGUGCUGGAGAAGAUGAAGGACCACCUCAUCGCAAAGAAUGUAGCAGCCGAGAUCGCCUACCAGCUCUGUGACUCUGUAGCCAAAAAACUGGAGGGCAAAGUCAUGGGCACAUUCACCACGGUGGCCUCAACAGUGAAGCUGGCCCUGCAGGACUCCCUGGUGCAGAUCCUGCAGCCCAAGCGCAGGGUGGAUAUUCUGAGAGACGUCAUGGAGGCCCAGAUCCAGCGACGGCCUUUCGUCGUUACUUUUUGCGGCGUCAACGGGGUCGGGAAGUCCACCAACCUGGCCAAGAUCUCCUUCUGGCUGAUAGAGAACGGUUUCACGGUGCUGAUCGCCGCCUGUGACACGUUCCGUGCCGGCGCCGUGGAGCAGCUCCGCACUCAUCAGCGUCGCCUGAACUCGCUGCAUCCCCCAGAGCACCACGAAGGGCGCCCGGUAGUCCAGCUCUAUGAGAAGGGCUACGGGAAGGACGCUGCUGGAAUUGCCAUGGAGGCCAUCGCCUACGCCCGCAACCAGGCCUUCGACGUGGUGCUGGUGGACACCGCUGGGCGUAUGCAGGACAACGCUCCCCUCAUGACCGCCCUGGCCAAACUUAUAGCGGUCAACGUGCCCGACCUAGUUCUGUUUGUUGGAGAGGCUCUGGUGGGCAACGAGGCAGUUGACCAGCUGGUAAAGUUCAAUCAGGCUCUGGCAGACCACUCCAUGUCUGACAAGCCUCGCCUCAUUGAUGGAAUUGUUCUCACUAAGUUUGACACCAUCGACGACAAGGUUGGCGCUGCCAUCUCCAUGACUUACAUCACAGGACAGCCCAUAGUGUUUGUGGGCACCGGGCAGACCUACAACGACCUGCGCAGCCUCAACGCCCGCGCCGUGGUCAGUGCCCUGAUGAAGGCUUGAGUGGCUGCAUGUUCGACAAAGCCGACGACACCUUUUUGCCACGCCGCUGUGAGAUGUUCCAGCCCCGCUAACCUGCCUUCUCCUCCAUCCUGCCGUCCCGCCCUCUCUCCUUUGCAUCAAAUGAAGAACGCGUGUCAUGCACGGGACUUUAUUCUCCCGGUAAAGGACAAGUGAGCACUUUGAAAAGACGUGGGGGUGGGGUGGGAGUUCCUCCUCAUGAAUAAUUUCUAAACUUCUAGGCCUGCAUUGAACAGUACCUCAGACCCGUCGCAUCCAGAUGACAUUUUAGCUGACUAAAUGGAUCUAGGCUGUAAGUGUCAUCAGUUAAAGACGUAAACUCCCGACCUGGCGUUUUGUCAGUCAGUUCUCCCCUCUUCAUGUAAAUGAGGUCGGGUGGCGGAGGCUCGCUGGAUGUGACAUUUCAGCAGCUGCCUGCAUCUGAGGAAAGCUUAGUGACCAUAGUGCCUAUUUGUCUCCUGUCUUCUUAGUUAACACUUUCACUACAUGGGGAGUUAUUCAUCAAGAGCACCAUGGUAGUUCAGGUAAAAAAAACAACUAAACAAACACAGGAGUUUUAAUCCGUUUCCAACACACACUGGGCAUGGAUGUCGACGCUGAAGUUAAUGUACUUCCCUGUCCAAUGAAAAGGAAGUUCUGGAUUGACCAAUCUAAGAGCUCCUUGCCUACCUAACACCCAUUUUCAUUAUGAAAUGGGAGACUUUAAUUCCUCGGUUUAUAAUUGAAAAGUGGAAAGAUAUUUUGUAAAUAUUCUUCUUUUUUUUUUUUUUUUUUAGUUCCUACAUACAGGUUGUCCAGACUUUCAGACUGCACUUUCCGUGUGGAUUAUUGAAGUUCUGUGGGCCUUUUUAUUUAUGCUUCCCCCCCCUCCCUCCCUCCCCUCCUCCCUCUGAUUUACUCAUUUGUAAGAAGAAAUAGAAGUCUUAAAUGUCUCCAGCCCCCUUUAAUUUGUGGUAGUGCAAUAUGAAAGAAUCAUGUUAUACAGGCAAUUUGAUCUAAUUUAUGAGAAUGUAAACAUUUCUAAAAUAAAGCUGCUACAUGCUGUGAA